AUGCUUUAUACAUACAAAGACGCAACUCUGAAAAAAGAAGUUUGUGAAUUCGAGAUGGGAGGACCCGAAGGCAUCAUUGAAUCUCAGCAGAUCACCAAAGACGGCAGAGCCUUGCAGACGGAGGCGGUGGACUGCAAAUGGUACAUCCGUGCGCCUCCUCGAUCCAAGAUCUAUUUGCGUUUCCUCGACUAUGAGAUGCAGAAUUCGAACGAGUGCAAGCGUAAUUAUGUGGCGGUGUAUGAUGGCAGCAGCUCGGUGGAGGACCUAAGGAAUAAGUUCUGCAGCACAGUGGCCAAUGAUGUGAUGCUGGUGUCUGCGCUGGGUGUGAUCCGCAUGUGGGCUGAUGAGGGCAGCAGAAAGAGCCGCUUCAGGAUACUCUUCACCACCUUUCAAGAGCCUCCCUGUGAGGCAGACACUUUCUUUUGCCACAGUAACAUGUGUAUCAACAACACGCUAGUGUGCAACGGAGUACAGAACUGCGUCUACCCUUGGGAUGAGAAUCAUUGCAAAGAAAAGCGGAAAGCAAACAUUCUGGACAACCUCAACAACACCAAUGGCACCAUCAUCGGUGUCACAUGCUGCAUCGUCCUGAUCCUACUAAUCGUAUCGGUGAUUGUUCAAAUCAAGCAACCACGGAAAAAAUACAUCCUAAGGCGAGAAGACUUUGACCCCACCAUGUUCCAGGAGGUGUUUCAGGAGCCACCCCAUUACGAGCUGUGUACCCUACGCAGCGCCGCCGCCACAUCUGCAGACCUGGCCGAGCUGGCAGAGGAUUUCGAGAGCUACCACAAACUCAGGCGCGCAUCUUCACGCUGCGUCCAUGAGCAUCAUUGCGGCUCCUCACAGAUCUCCAGCAACAAGGGAAGUCGCACCAACCUGAGUGCACGUGAGGCGGCAGCGGCGGCCAUCUUGACUGACCUGCCACCUCAACCCAUGCGGCCGCUUCAUCCCCAAACCAACCGCAGGAACAUUCUGGUCAUGAGACACACUUACUCCCAAGAUGCCGCUGAUGCCUGUGAACUGGACGACGAGCUGGAGGAAGUGCCCACCACUAGCCACAGACUGUCCAGACAUGAGAAAGCAGUGCAGCGGUUCUGCCUCAUUGGGUCUCUAAACAAACAUGAAUCUGAGUACAACACAACUAGGGUGUAACAGACAAUCUGAAGACAAAAUGUCAUCUGACGUGGAAGGCACAAAGGCUUUUCCAUCAUUUCCUCCACCUCUCGUGACUGGCAUCUUGUGGAAACGGCCUCAAAGAACUAGAAGAGGUUUGACAUUGUGACAUUUUUGUCAAUUUUUAGUAUUUGUCAAGGAAUAUCUUGACACCGAUUCAUGUUCAGAAGGUAUCAGAUACUGUGAACCUCUUGGAGACUACAACAUUUUUUUCAGAUUCUGGACUGAAACUGAAUAUACAAACUGAUGUACAUUUUUCAUUCAGUGGAAUAUGAACAUGUUUUUGUUUCCUCUGAUUUGAUGAUUGUAAUGCUCAGAUUAUUUUUCAAUACAAUCUGUAAUGUCCUGAGUAGGUACAGUACAUAACGUUUUUACUUUGCAAGAAACAUAGAUCAAGACCUUUAAAACACAACCAUGCAGUCUAAUACUUGAACCAACGGAUAAACUAGUUUCAAAUUCUCUGGGUGAUUUUACUGUGACUCUUGCCUGGUUAGACGUCUCUGACUAGCAUCUCUCACAAGAAAUGUUCUCAUAAUGUGCAGCAUUAAGGUCAGUUAUGGUCAUGUCUAUGCAUACAGUAAAAUAUGAGUGUUCCGAGCAACUUUAUAGAUAUAGUAAAUUGGAUCAACUUAAAGACAAGCACAUAUCAGAAUAUUUCCCUUCUACAAUUACGAUUUGAGAAACCUAUCAAUUGAUUAAGUAUUUAGUUGAUAUAUUUCAAUGAUGCUGACUGAAUAUUUUAAAUAAAGUGAAACAAACCUA